CGCCAUUUUUAACCAAGGAAGAAAUUCGGCAAUGAAUAAGCUUAUUAUUUCAUUUUAAAUGUAUAACUCAUAAGAUAUUUAUGCUGUUAUGGGUGACGAAAAUAUAUUUAGGAUUCCUGAAGUAAAGGAAAAAAGAAGCAACAGACGCCUAUCCUUAAAUUCUGCUUUUGAGCUGCCAUUUACAUCAAAAAGAAAACGGAAAACCGAUGAAGAUUCAUUAAGUGUACAGAGUUACGAUGUUGGUGCUACUCUUAAGAAAAAGACAAGACGAUCAUUACUACGGGUAUCAUCAUUAGUUAAUCUACUGUCACCCAGUAAAUCUUCUAAGACAAGAAGUAGAACACCAUUUAAAGUACCAUGUUCACCACGACCAGUUGUUUCUCCAUACAAGGCACCACUUCCAUCAGCUGGUAAAAAACGUCUAGGUAAAACAUGGUCUGAUAUGAUGACUACAGAUGGUAGAAAUCCUAGUAAAUUCUCUCAUAAUGAUAUUAAAAAACAAGAGGCGAUAUAUGAACUCUGUCAAGGUGAACAAGAUAUGAUAGAUGAUUUAAAUAUUGUACAAAAGACAUAUCAUGAUUCUAUGCAGAAGUUACAGCUAAUGUCACAUGGUGAAUUAAAACAGAUAUUUGGACCAAUUGAAUCACUUCUACCAGUACACAGGGAAUUAUCAGAAAGAUUACUGAGUAAACGUCAAGCUGAUGGUACAACUCAAGAAGUUGGAAGACAGUUAUUAGAAUGGCUACCAUUAUUAAAGUGCUAUAUACCAUUUUGUUCUAAUCAAGUUUUUGGUAAAGCUUUAUUUGAUGAGAAAAAGAAUGACCCAGCAGUUGUAGAUUUUUUACAACGGUGUCAGGACUCUCCAUUCAGCAGAAAACUCGACUUAUGGAGUCUUUUAGAUGGUGUACGUUCAAAGUUUAUGAAAUAUCCCCUUUUGAUAAAAAGUAUACAAAAAUAUACUGAUCCAAAGGAUGUUGAUUAUCAGUAUCUAACAGAAUCGAUUAAACUUAUAGAGAGUGUGGUAGCAAGUGCUGAUAAAAGUACAGGAGAAGCUAAAUGUUGUCUAUAUAAAGCCAGAAUAUCAUAUAUAUAUGAUGAUCAGAAACACAGUUAUAUUGAAGAUUCAACUAAUUUAGUUUGUAAUGGUAUACUACGUAACAAUAAAGGAAGUAAACUACAUAUUUUCCUGUUCAAUAAGAUACUAUUGGUUACAAGAUUAACCAAUCAAAAUGGACAACAGUGCUAUCAAGUUUAUCGUCAACCAAUCCCAGUUGAUGAAAUGAUCAUAGAAGAUAUGAAGGAAGUGGAAAUAAAAAUGGGGUCAUUUCGAAAAUCAUUUAGUCAAACCGCCACUACACCAAAUAGUGUAUUCAAGGUGUCAUUCAAAGAUCCUUUAAGUGGUCAGUCACACACAUUAAUAGCUAAUGAUGAACAUGAUAAAAGACAGUGGUUACAGUGUUUAGAAAAACUGCUUGCUGAUGUUCCAAAGUGUGAUCAGAAUUAAUAUUUUAGAUAUUGUAAAAACUCUUGAGAUUACAGCAUUUAGUUUUUGACUACAAUCAUAAAUAGUGCUAUUACAGUAUUUAGGCAGCAUUAAGUCAAAUGUGUUUAACAUUUAUUCUUUAACAACUAUGCAUUGUUUUGAUUGAUAUUUAUGGUAUUAAUGUUCUUAAGUUUUUGGUAAUUUAUCAAAAUAUAUCUAGAAAUCCUUUCACUUUCAAGUUUAAUGAAAAUAUUUCUUUUUUAUUUGUAGCUCAAUGUUAGAAGAGUGAUUUGCUCACAUUAUAUGUUUUCUCCUUGUACCCUUUUGUUUUGGAAAUUUUAGAUUUGAUUUAUUUGUAUCUUGUACCUUUUGCUCAAAUCUUUAUCUAUUAUAUGUUUUCUUAUCUUCUUUCUUUCUAUUUACGUAUAAUGUAUGUUUAUCAGUAUUUAUGUCUUGUUGAAUCUUUCUUCUUUCUUUCUUUUUCCUCAUAUAAAACUUUGCAUCAUGUGUACAUCACCUUCAGCUUCUACAGAAAUGUGUUUUACUACCUAUCUUAAAGUCUAUUACAUUAUACAAAAAUGAACCGGAUAUUAAAUUUAAAUUAAUAAAUACUCAUAUUUAUUAGAAUGGUAAUGUAAUAAUGUAUUUAUAGAGUGUCUGAAAUCCAGAAUGAUGUGAUGCUCAAUGACACUAAUUAGAAAAAGCUUUAAAUUAUGUUGUACAUUACAUACUUUUCCGAUGAUAUUACCCCCAAAAUGCCAUCUUUAACAAAUGGGAAAUAAAUUUACUAUGUAAAUGCCAUGGAGUAUUAUAUAACGGCUAUGGGGGAGCAACUUUCUUAAUUCUUGCCAAACUAUCAGGGUAUAAAGAAAACAGUAUUAAUGUAAAUGUGAAAUUAUUUGGUUUCAAUCAAUGCAACUUAAUUCUUUAGUAACAAAACAGGUAUAAUAAUUGUAAUUUCAGGAUAUCAUUUGUGAUAGUUCAUUAUGAUAAUUCACUCACCCCUUUAUUUUACUUUAUGUAGACCAAAAACUUACAACAUCAUCUCAAAUUACAUUCAAUUACAUUCAAUAUUUCCAUGUAGAAUGAAUGAUUUUAAAACCACACUUUAUAGGUAUUUGUUUUUAAAACAUGAAUGCACAUUUUAAUAUAAAUUUUUAUACCAAAGUUGACCUUCAAUCAAACACAUGAAAUAUAAACUAUAAAAGUGUGUUACAUUGAUGAAUUAUUGUGCUAUUUGUAUAUAAUAUUAUAUAUUUGUAUCAUUAUAUUCUUUUUGCCAAAUUAUUGUAUUAUUUUGUAUAUUAAGGAGAUAUAGAUUUUGUUAGACUGAUUGUCUAGACAUAGUGUAAAUUGUUUUUGUCAUUCAUAGAACUGGUUUUCAAGAACAUACAACACAAUGAAAUACAUUUUUUAUCAGCUAAUAGCAUUUAAAGAAGAAAAUAAAACCCCAAUUUAAUCUUGAUACAUGAUAAAAACAAGUGGUUCUUGCUAAAGUGCAAGCAAGCCUCUAUCGAUACAUAAUAAUAGGUUUUACAUCAUGAGACUAUAUGGAUACUGUAAAACAACAAAAUAUAUGUGCCUUGAAAUCAAUAUGUUCAAAGUAAUUAGACCAUUAUCAGCCAUUGCAAGUUUGAGAAGAGAAGUUGAGGAUAGAUAUACACUUAAAGCCAUUAAAACCACAAUGCCAAAUUCAAAGUUUAUUUACUGCAACAACUUUUAACAAAUGUACAUAAUUGACAAAAUCGAGAUAACAAGCAUUUGUAGAGAAUUUCAUGAAAGAAUUCACUACAAAUACACAAAACUGAAACGUCCGAGAACCAUGAAACAAAGAAGGUGACAGCUGAAGUCAUUAUCGGGUAUGUCCACUCUGAGCUCGUACACAUGUCUGAAGUCGCCUUGGCAUGGACUGGCACAGAUGUCUCACUACACGCUGUUGGAUUGUUUGCCAAUGAUUUUGGAGUGUCUGUGACAACUCGUCCGAGUUCAUCCCAAAGGCGUUUGAUAGAGUUCAUGUCGGGAGACAUAGCGGGCCAAUCCAUAACACGGACAUGAUGAUUGUUCAGAAAGUCUCUUGUCAACCUGGCAGUGUGGGGUCGACGGACGCCAUGUUGAGCCAGCAAUGGAAGCAACACCGGACGAAUGAUGGUUUCAGCAUAAUGUUGAGCGUUGAGAUUGCCUUGGACCACCACCAACUGGGACCGGAAGUUGACGUUGAUAGCGACCCAAACCAUGACGCCACCUACGCGGAAACUAUCCCUUUCCAGCAUGCAGUUAUGAGCAAAGCGUUUAUGUCGACAUCGGUACGUCAGGAAAACUGAGGUUGAAUUGGGAUUCAUCCGGGAAGAUGACAUUUCGACAUGGUGUGUUGUGCAGAUACCCCUGAUUUGCGGCCCAUUGCUGUCUGGCAAGUUGAUGACGAUGCAAAAGGAUUUGACCUUGGUAAGCUUGACGGCAGUGUAAUCCAAGAGCAGCCAGACGCCUUUCGACUGUUUGAGGGCUGAUCCGACGCCAUGUUCCAAUAGUUCCCCUGGCAGUAGCAGUAGCUGACUGGAACCUGUUGCGCAAAUGCAGUAGUCGGAUGUGACAAUCUUGAGCAGCGGUUGUUACAGGUGGCGCUCCAGGUUGGGGAUCGAUCGGCAACUCUUCCAGUGGCUUGGAAGCGUCUGAGGCGAGCAAUGGUCGAUGGGUGAACAUUAAAGUUUCUGGACAGCUACCUAUGAAGCCCUCUGAUCCAGCACGCCAAUAGCUCUGAUCCUGUUUUGUUGUGUAAGGCGUAGCAUUUUUCCGAAGUGAUGAAUGUUGAAAUUUUGAUCAGUAUCUAAAGGACCAGAGUACAGGGAAAGCACAUGCAAAACGUGUGACAUGGGACUGCUUAAAACACAUUACCGAGAAUUGAUAUUGGGUUCAGACCCAUCACAAGUUUCACCUAUAAGCCAUAAGAUAGGAAAGCCCAAGAAAACGUUUACCAGAAAUAUUUCAUGAAUUAGGCAUUGCGUUUUUAAUGGCUUUGAGUGUAUAAUAAUGUUUACCAUCUGAUUAAUUACUGUUUAAAUGAGGCUAAUGUUGAUACCAGUUAUUUCUGUAACUACUGUCCACCUUAUAUUACAUAUAGAUAAUAAUAUCACUGGUCGCAUUUAACACAUUAUUUUGUCCAUUACAGAAUACAUUAUGCAUGUACUUUUCAGUGAAAUUUGGGAAUGAAUCACUACUUCAUAUAUUAGUAAAUAAUUACUUCUAGCAAUAUAUAUUAAAGUGGUAGUGGGAUAUGUUUUAAUCAAAAUAUAUAGAAAAGUUCAAAGUUACUAUAAUCAGAAAUUAACAGUUAUUAUAAUCAAAAUAUAGACUAAAUUAACAGUUAUAAUAAUCAAAAUAUAGAGACAAAUUAACAGUAUGCGUCAUAUUUUUUGGUAUACCGGUAAUUACAUUUGGAGAAUUAUUUAAUAUUACUUAGAUAUAACUUUCAAGUAUAUGCUAGAAUAGAUAUUGAUAUAAAGUGAACAGAAGACAUCACUGUAUUCUUGUCAGAUAAGUGGAUUGUUAUUUUGUAAAGUGCUUUUUUUUUUUUUCUUUUUUUUUUUUCAUACUACAUGUAUGUAAUUAGUGAGAUCAUGUAAAUAUAACCU